AUGGCCUCCACGGUCUCCAGGGCUGAGAAGGGUAAGAUGGACAAUGAGGGUCCCAUCACCCAGGUGCAGCCGCAGUAUGAGUCCGACGCCUACAAUGUCGACUACGAGAAGCAUGGCGCGGGCCGUGAAUCGAGUCCGCUGCCCGAUCUGAAGCGCAGACUGAAGAGUCGUCAUUUGCAGAUGAUUGCCAUUGGUGGCACCAUUGGAACUGGUUUAUUCAUUGGUAGCGGUGCCGCUAUCGCCAUGGCUGGACCUGUCGGCGCCCUCAUCGCUUUCAUCUUCGUCGGAAGUAUCGUCUACUCGGUCAUGAUCGCUCUGGGAGAGAUCGCCACAUAUAUCCCUAUUCCCGGUUCCUUCACCUCGUAUGCGGCUCGUUUGAUCGAUCCAAGUCUCGGUUUCUCGAUGGGUUGGAUCUAUUGGUUCUCGUGGGCCUCGACAUUUGCAUUGGAAUUGACGGCCACGGGUAUGAUCAUUCAAUUCUGGGAUUCCAAUAUUUCAAUCGCCAUCUUUAUCGCUGUCUUCUGGGUUGUCAUCAUUGCGUUCAAUAUGGUUCCCGUUAGCUUCUAUGGAGAGAUGGAGUUUUGGCUCUCGAGUCUCAAGAUUAUCACCGUCGUCGGCUUUAUGAUUUUCGCUAUCUGCAUGAAUGCCGGUGUUGGACAGGAGGGAUAUAUCGGUUUCCGGUACUGGGUUCACCCUGGUCCAUUUGUGGCCUACGAGCUCACCGAUGUUGGCAAAGACACCUCUCUCGCCAAAUUCAUCGGUUUCUGGGCUGUCUUGAUCAAGGCUGGUUUCUCUUAUCAGGGUACGGAGCUGGUCGGUAUUGCGGCCGGUGAAACCGAGAACCCUCGCAAGACUGUCCCUUCUGCUAUUAAGAAGACUUUCUUCCGCAUUAUCUUCUUCUUUAUCUUGACCAUCUUCUUCAUUGGCAUCGUGGUGCCUUCGGAUGAUGAACGCCUCUUGAACAGCACGGGUAGCGGAUCCGAUGCCAAUAAUGGUAACGCCUCGCCCUUUGUCAUUGCGGCUCGACGCGCUGGUGUCAACGUUCUUCCAGACAUCAUCAACGCCGUCCUCUUGACCGUGGUACUCUCUGCAGCCAACUCCAACGUGUACAGUGGUAGCCGUAUCCUCGUUGGAUUGGCUCAGGAAGGCUUUGCCCCUCGAUGCUUCAAGACCACCACCAAGGGCGGUGUCCCCUACUGGGCUGUGCUCUUCACGGCCUUGUUCGGACUGCUGGGUUUCAUGAACGUGUCCAGCUCGGCCUCUGAAGUGUUCACCUGGCUGAUGCAGAUCUCAGGUGUUGCCGGAUUCAUCACCUGGUCCUCUUUGAACGCCUGCCACCUUGCAUUCAUGCGCGCUCUCAAAGCACGCAACAUUUCUCGUGAUGUUUUGCCGUACAAGGCUGUCCUGCAGCCUUUCCUUUCUUGGUACGGUCUGUUUUUCAACAUUCUCAUCAUCAUUACCCAAGGGUUCACCGCGUUCAUCGGUGGUUUCCAGGUCCAGAACUUCUUCAUGGAUUACCUGAGCUUGAUCCUGUUCGCCGUUCUGUAUAUUGGUCAUAAGGCGUGGUACCGCGAUCCCUUCGUCGGGCCGCUUGAGGCUGACCUGAGACACUGGCCGAACCACGGCUGA